AUGACCUCCCGCUAUCUCCCAGCUAAGACCGUAUUGUUUGAGCAGGAUAGGGACGGGUUCACUUACCGGAUCCCGGCUCUGUUCUACCUGCCCGACUCCAGGACCAUUCUCGCCUUCGCUGAAGAGAGACUGAGCGCGGCUGAUGCUGACGCUAACCUGCUGGUGCUUCGCCGAGGAAAGGUCUGCAGGACCCAUGUGGAGUGGGAGGGUAUGGAAACUCUCCACUCCGCCCACCUGAAGGGUCACAGGUCCAUGAACCCAUGCCCUGUGUAUGACAGCUCCACCAACACCCUCUUCCUUCUCUUCAUCGCCAUCCUGGGGCACACCACAGAAUCGUAUCAACUCAUCACUGGCAACAAUGUGACUCGCCUCUGCUGUGUGAGCAGCACUGACCAGGGCCAGAGCUGGACCGCCCUCACUGAUCUGACAGACUGUACCAUUGGCUGCUCCAUUGAAGAAUGGGCAACCUUUGCCUUAGGCCCAGGGCAUGGUAUCCAGCUCAAAUCUGGGAGGCUUAUUAUCCCAGCAUAUGCCUAUCACAUUGACUCAAAAGAGUGUUUUGGAAGAAUCUGUAGGACCAGUCCUCAUUCCUUCGCUUUCUAUAGUGAUGACCAUGGCAAGGUCUGGAAGUUUGGGGACUUUAUAGACAAUCUGGAGACUGUGGAGUGCCAGGUGGUUUCAGUGGAAGAGGAGAAUGGCCACAAUGUCCUGUAUUGUAAUGCCAGGACACUGCUGAAUUUUAGGGCACAGGCACUCAGUGCAGAUGGUGGUGCUGCCUUCCUGGAAGGGCAGUUCAUCCCAAAACUGGUGGAACCACCCCGGGGAUGCCAUGGGAGUGUCAUUGGCUUUCCAGCUCCCAUAGUCCCAUGGAGUGAAGAACUAUCAGCCAAGCUUGGUUUUGACUAUGAAAACCAUCUGACACCACCUCUGAAGUGGUUGAAUCUCCGCUUCCAGGCUCCAAAUUGGGUCCUCUACUCUCAUCCAACAAGCCCAGCUUCACGGCUCCACUUGGGAAUUUAUCUCAGUACAUUUCCGCAGGACCCUUGCAGUUGGACUGAGCCCUGGGUGAUCCAUGAAGGACCUAGUGCCUACUCAGACCUGGCAUUCAUUGAGUUGGCCUCUACCAAAGUGCAUGAGGCUCAGCUCCCAGCAUUGGCUUUUGCCUGUCUUUAUGAAUGUGGAUCCAAAUCGCCAUAUGAGAAAAUAGCUUUUAGCUUGUUUACAAUGCGUGAGUUACUCCACAAUAUUCCACAUUUACCUGCAGAGUCCCAGGCGGAGCUGAGGAGCACCACCACAAGUUCUGUUUGCUGUCCUAUCACCUGA